AUCAGUGGUAGCUGUCAUGACAUGUAAAUAAUAUAGUCGUAGCUAAACAUAACGGGAGGCAGCGUCAACGCAAAUCGACCCAUAUGUUUCAGUCACGUCUUAUCUAUUUUAUAGAUUGGAUUACAUAACAGUGGAUGUGUCAAUGGGGACGAUAAGGCCUAUACGGAGGCAAGCAGUGGGGCGCAGGGCUGAGACAACAACAGUUUGGGAGACUGAAUUCAGAAAUCUCUGAGGCACCUGGUCUGCCCGAGCCCAUGGUGUGCACCUGCUGGGAUGAACCAGUGACCUUUCCAAAGAGCCAAGCGUUUGACCUGACCACGCCCACACAGGAUGUCGUGGGCCAGAGGCGUCUUUGUAGGCAGAGUAGAUGAGCGAAAGACCGCGUGGGGAGAGCGCAAUGGCAAAAAGAAGAAAGACAAGUCCUCCCUGUGCGGUUCACGCUACAUGAGCUGCCUAAAGGACCCUGAGGACUUGGAUCCCCCUAAUGUGGCCCCUCAGCAUUACCACACCCGAGCAGGCCCAAGCGGGGGACACUUUGGCCUGCGCUGUGGAUGGCAAGAGGACCAUUACGGGAAAAGGAUGGGCGAUGGAGUUGAUCUGGGCCUGAAGGCUGUGGACUUGGGCUUUGAUGACGGCGAACUGAAGGGCAGAAAAGAGGAUGAAUUCGGGGAGGUGACAGAGGGAAGGUGCAAAAAGAUGAGCGCAGCAGACUGUUGGGUGCACGUCAUGUGGGUUUUUCAAUCCAAGAAGUUCCAGUCGGCUAAACUUGAGCGUCUGUACCAGCGCUACUUCUUCAGACUCAACCAGAGCUCUCUGACUAUGCUGAUGGGCGUUCUGGUGGUGGUGUGUGGGGUCAUGCUGACCUUUCACUGCAUUCAGCGGGCCCCGGAUGUGACCUACGUCUCAGUACUCUCCGUUGCCAUAGUGCUCUUUCUUGCCAUGAUGGUGGUGUGCAACCGCAACGGCUUCCACCAGGACUACAUGUGGAUCGUGAGCUACCUGGUGAUCGGGGUGCUCAUUAUUGUGCAGGUUUUUGGGCUGCUGAUGGUGGACCCUCGUAGUGCCUCAGAGGGCAUUUGGUGGACGGUCUUCUUUAUCUACAUCAUCUACACUCUGCUGCCUGUCCGAAUGAGAGCUGCUGUGCUCAGUGGAGUUGUGUUGUCCACUAUACACAUCAUUACUGCCUGGCAACGCAACCAAGAGGACAAAUUCAUUGUCACACAGAUAACAGCCAACGUUGUCAUCUUCCUUUGCACUAACAUGAUCGGGGUCUGCACCCACUACCCUGCUGAGGUCUCCCAGAGACAAGCCUUCCAGGAGACCAGAGGCUACAUUCAGGCCAGAAUUCACCUGCAGAGGGAAAACCAGCAGCAGGAGCGCCUACUACUGUCAGUGCUGCCAAGGCACGUUGCCAUGGAGAUGAAGGCCGAUAUCAAUGCCAAGAAGGAAGAUAUGAUGUUCCACAAGAUCUACAUCCAAAAACAUGACAAUGUUAGCAUAUUGUUUGCAGACAUCGAGGGCUUCACCAGCCUGGCGUCUCAGUGCACGGCCCAGGAGCUGGUCAUGACGCUCAAUGAGCUGUUCGCCCGCUUCGAUAAGCUCGCCUCGGAGAACCACUGCCUACGCAUCAAAAUCCUGGGGGACUGCUACUACUGUGUGUCAGGGCUGCCCGAGCCCCGGGCCGACCACGCCCACUGCUGCGUGGAGAUGGGAGUGGACAUGAUUGAAGCUAUCUCGCUGGUGAGAGAGGUGACGGGAGUCAAUGUCAACAUGCGGGUGGGCAUCCACAGCGGGCGUGUUCACUGCGGCGUGCUGGGCCUGCGCAAGUGGCAGUUUGACGUCUGGUCCAACGACGUGACUCUCGCCAACCAAAUGGAGGCCGGCGGGAAGGCCGGGCGCAUCCACAUCACCAAAGCUACUCUACAGUAUCUAAGCGAGGACUAUGAGGUAGAGCCAGGAUUCGGAGGGGAGAGAAAUGCUUACUUGAAGGAUAAUAACAUUGAAACCUUUCUGGUGUUGGGGUGCAGCCAGAAGAGGAAAGAGGAGAAAGCCAUGAUGGCUAAAAUGCAGCGAGCCCGUGCAAAUUCUGCAGAGGGCUUGAUGCCACGCUGGGUGCCUGAUAGAUCCUUCGCCAGAACCAAGGAGUCCAAAGUCUUCAGGCAGAUGGGCAUCGAUGAAGCAUCCAGCAAGGACAACCGCUGCAUUCAGGAGGCCUUGAACCCUGAAGAUGAGGUGGACGAGUUCCUUGGAAGGGCCAUCGACGCCCGCAGCAUCGACCAGCUGCGGAAGGACCACGUCAAAAGGUUCCUGCUCACUUUUCAAACUGCUGACCUCGAGAAAAAGUACUCCAAAAAGGUUGAUGAUGGCUUUGGAGGUUACGUGGGCUGCACACUCCUCGUUUUCUUUUGCAUCUGUGCCAUUCAGAUGAUUGUUUUCACUAUAACGCCGCUUAUGCUCGGUCUGUACAUCAGCAUCUUCAUCCUCCUCACCAACAUCCUCUUCAUCUCCUCCAUCUACUCCUGCAUCAAACUCUUCCCAGCUGUCUUGCAGACGUUAACCAAGAAAAUAGUUCAGUCUCGUGCCAACAGCACACUGGUGGGCGUCUUCACCAUCCUCCUCCUCUUCAUCGCUUCCUUCGCUAACAUGUUUACUUGCAGCAGAGGUCAGCUGGAGGAGUGUGUGGCCAACAAGCUGAACACGCCAGUGACACUAUGUCUGCUGCACAACCUGACCAAGACAGCAAAGGAUGGCUUGACUUUGUGUUCCAGCCAGGUCACACCCUGCCAUUUCCCAGAGUAUUUCAGCUACAGUGUCCUACUGACCCUGCUGGCCUGCUCCGUGUUCCUCCACAUCAGCAGCAUAGGGAAGUUGGCGCUGAUGCUACUCAUCCAGUUCAUCUUCCUCCUGCUGGUGGAGUGGCCUCAAGUGUUCCUGUUUGACAACGCUGACCUGCUGGUCAAAGCUAACACGCUGCUGGGUUUCAAUGCAACUGCAGAACAGUGCCUGGAGAGCGUGACCAAAGUACCCCUGAAGGUCAUGACCCCUGUAAUCCUGACUGUGUUUGUUCUGGCUUUAUACCUGCACGGCCAGCAGGUGGAGUCCACUGCACGUCUGGAUUUCCUGUGGAAGCUUCAAGCUACAGAGGAGAAGGAGGAGAUGGAGGAGCUGCAGGCCUACAACCGCCGCCUACUCCACAACAUCCUACCCAAAGAUGUCGCCGCCCACUUUCUCGCACGAGAGCGCCGCAACGACGAGCUGUACUACCAGUCGUGCGAAUGUGUCGCCGUCAUGUUUGCCUCCAUCUGCAAUUUCUCUGAGUUCUACGUGGAGCUGGAGGGCAACAACGAGGGAGUGGAGUGUCUCAGGCUGCUCAACGAGAUCAUCGCCGAUUUUGAUGAGAUCAUCAGUGAGGAAAGAUUCCGUCAGCUAGAGAAAAUCAAAACCAUCGGUUCUACUUAUAUGGUUGCCUCUGGCCUCAACGUCUCCACCUACGACAGAGAAGGUCGCUCGCACAUCCUGGCCCUGGCCGACUACGCCAUGAGGCUUAGGGAGCAGAUGAAGUACAUCAACGAGCACUCCUUCAACAACUUCCAGAUGAAAAUAGGUCUGAACAUGGGACCGGUGGUGGCAGGGGUGAUUGGAGCCAGGAAGCCCCAGUAUGAUAUUUGGGGGAACACAGUCAAUGUAGCCAGUCGAAUGGACAGCACAGGACUAGCAGACUACAUACAGGUGACCACGGACCUGUACCACGUGCUGGCCAACAACGGCUACAAGCUGGACUGUAGAGGACUCGUAAAAGUAAAGGGGAAGGGCGAAAUGACCACUUACUUCCUUACCAGUGGCCCCCAGAGCCGUUAACCAACCAGGCCAGACCACAGCGCCCCCCCCCCACCCCCUCACGCCCUCCCUCUCCAUAGGGUUGACCCACUCUGCACUGAUGCACGGUGCGAACACACUGAAGACGGACGCCGUGUGUGUGCGUGUGUGUGCGUGUGUGAAGGCUUUUUUUUGCACAAGCGACCACAAAGCCCUGUUGCCUUAGGAUGGGAAGUAUGCUUGUGUUUAUGAGCAAUAGUACAAGUGUUUCUCUUCUGGACGUCGUUAUUUAUUUUUGUGCAGGUGGAUAAGCUACAUGAAGAAAUUGGAGUAUAUGCAAGGACCGAUUAAUGAAGAAUGAACACGACCAAAGAACAACUGUCCCAAGUACGUUCGUUUAGUUGUCAUCGCUGAGGCCACGGUCGUAAAAGUCCCUGUCGCCGAUGGGGACAAACACAUGUUGCUGUGGACUCAAUCACGAAGGGGGAAUACCACACACACAAACACACACACACAUAGGCGCCGAUCCAGUGCCGAGCACCCACGUGGGAUUGAUGGCAACUUUCAAUUUUUAAAAUCAUUUUUGAAAAAUCAAUCUUGUUGUAGUUAAUUUUGUGGCGAGUUUUGUCCGUUUUACAAAGUAAUAAAGCCACAAAUCAUAUGGGAUAUUAACUUCGUUGGACGUCUAUUUUUUUUUUUUUUUUUUUUAAUACACACACACCAAGCACCCACUGGCAGAAAUGUAGGUCGGCGCCUAUGCACACACACACACACACACACACACACACACACACACACACACACACACACACACA